UCCCCUCGUGAUUUCGGAAAGUGAGGGUGUGAAAGCAGUUUCGUUCCUCUUCCUCCAAUAAUAAAUACCCCCACUCUCCCCACUCACGAGCCUCGCCUUCUCCCUCUUCUGCGCCGUCACACCUCUCAACAAACCACCUGCUUCAUUCACACCUUCAGGUUGCUGGAAGAUGGGGGCUGGUGGCCGAACCUCUGUUCCUCAACCCAACAGGAAGUCAGAGACUGACGCUGUGAAGCGGGUGCCGUUUGAAAAACCUCCUUUCAGCCUCAGCCAGGUGAAGAAGGCCAUUCCACCUCACUGUUUUAAGCGCUCCAUUCUCCGUUCAUUCUCUUAUGUUGUCUAUGACCUCACAAUAGCCUUUUUCCUCUACUAUGUUGCCACCCAUUAUUUCCACCUCCUUCCUCGCCCUCUUGCUUUCCUAGCCUGGCCAACUUACUGGGCCAUCCAAGGUUGCAUCCUCACCGGAGUUUGGGUCAUUGCACAUGAGUGUGGCCACCAUGCAUUCAGUGACUAUCAAUGGCUUGAUGACACUGUUGGCCUCAUUCUCCACUCCUCUCUCCUUGUCCCUUACUUUUCAUGGAAAUACAGCCAUCGCCGCCACCAUUCCAAUACUGGUUCCCUUGACCGGGAUGAAGUCUUUGUGCCCAAGCAGAAAUCUUCUAUAGGGUGGUACUCCAAAUACCUCAACAACCCACUUGGCAGAUUCCUCACAAUCACUAUCACCCUCACUCUAGGCUGGCCCUUGUACUUGACUUUCAAUGUUUCAGGCAGGCCUUAUGAAAGGUUUGCUUGCCACUUUGACCCAUAUGGCCCCAUUUACUCCGAUCGUGAACGCCUUCAAAUUUAUAUCUCAGAUGUAGGAGUACUUGCAGUGUGCUUUGGGCUUUACCAUCUUGCUGUGGCGAAAGGGCUUGCCUGGGUUGUGUGUGUUUAUGGAGUUCCACUGCUAGUGGUCAAUGGAUUCUUGGUCCUGAUCACAUACUUGCAGCACACUCACCCUGCAUUGCCGCACUAUGAUUCCUCCGAGUGGGACUGGUUCAGAGGAGCUUUGGCAACAGUGGACAGGGAUUAUGGCAUCCUGAACAAGGUCUUCCAUAACAUUACAGACACUCAUAUAGCACAUCACUUGUUCUCCACAAUGCCACAUUAUCAUGCAAUGGAGGCUACAAAGGCAAUAAAGCCAAUUCUGGGAGAGUAUUAUCGGUUUGAUUCAACUCCAUUUUACAAGGCAAUAUGGAGAGAGGCAACAGAGUGUGUUUAUGUUGAGCCAGAUCAAGGUACUGAGACCAAAGGUGUAUUCUGGUACAACAAAAAGUUGGAAUGACUGCUGCAGCUUGUUGUCCAUUAGGGUGGGAAGGUUUGUUAAACUUUCUUACAACUUAGGAUGUUUGGUAAAGGGAAAUAAUUUUAUUUCAAUCCUGAUAUUUGUACUGGUAAUUAGUAGUAAGAGGACAAUAGCUUGAUUUCAGAAUAAGAUAUGGCAUCUCUGAACUGUUAGAUUAUUGAUUUAUGGUUUGAAAUCAGUGUAUGUCGACCUAGUUUCUCCAGGUAGUACCAAUGUAAUCUAUCUGAUGGGAACCUUAUUCUUGUUCUUUAUUACAACUCAUUUGGGAAUUCCGUGAUUGGCUCAAUUAUGAGUUUUGUUUAUCUGUAA